AUUUGCACCUCCGCAACAGUAAAUUCCAAUAGAGGAUAUAGACACUUUUGAAUUUUUAAACUUUUAAUCACAAUUCGUUUGUUGUUAGAACUUUGAUUUGAAGGGUCACCAUCACUGUGCUGGGAUUCUCCAACAAGGUGAAGCUGCUGCGCUUUGUUCUCGCUACUUCCCUCCAAGACUCUCUUCCUUCUUCGCGCGUUUUGGAAAACCAACAAAUUGGGACCUUUGUGUUUUCUUGGGUGUGAAUGCGAAGUAUGACAACUAGGGGCACUUCCAGCGGUAUGAAGAAGAGUGGGAAAAAUCAGAUUUCUGAAGGAGGAGGGGAAGUUCAAGUGGCAUUGGGAGAUGUAAUAUAUGUCAAGCUCCACGGUAGCUCGUGGUGGCCUGGACAGGUUGUUGAUGAUAAUAGUGUUUCUGAGAGUGUUAAACCUAGCAAACGGUCAGCAAGGGAAGUCCUUGUUCGGCUGUAUGGAAGCUAUACAUACUUGUAUGCGGAUCCUGCUAAAUCCCGUUCAGAGUUUGAGGAGAUACUCAAGCUUAAUAAUGGUUCCCACCAACAGAUACUUCUGCAAUCUCUUGAAAAGGAUCUUCCUAGCACAAAGUCCUCUAGAGCAGAGGGGUCAUCAUCGAAGACUAAAGCCGACAUUGAUUUUACCGCGGAAGAACUUCAAGCCGCCCUUGCCGCCGAAAGAGCUGCUAAAUUUCCCCUUGUUUUUCUCAAUGAGCCGGAAAAGAAACAAAAGAAACGCCACCACGAAUCCUCCGCCGACGGCGAGGCAUCCUCGAAGAAGUCCAAAUCUUCUCACAAAACUUCCUCCUCCAACCACCAACCAAAAAUCUCUGAAACGAUGAAGUCCCCCGGGGUGUCCAGUGCUGAAGCCGCCAUCGACCAGCCUGGCGCCUCGCAUGGAGGCCAACUUAUACAACUUCAAACUCCAAGACCACAUGGUUCCCCCGCUCCCGGCCAGCAAACACCAAACAACCAUCCUCAUCCUCUGGAUAAAGGCAAGUCUCCCCAAACCGGCGGUGAUGAAGAAGAUAAUGACACCCACAACAUCGCUUUGAGUGACUCCUUUGAUCCCUUCGCCUUUAUUCUACGACAUUUCAAACUUGACAAGAUGGAAGCCUUGGCCAUGGAAAAGGAAAUGCCUACCAUGGGAAAAGAGGCUCUAAUGGCUCUGCUACACGCCGGGAACUUGUUCGCCCAUUCCUUCACCCGCUAUGAAGUCGCCAUCGCCAAAGAGCAAGAGGCCAUUGCCCAUGCAAAGAGCCGUGAUGACGAGGCUGAAAGCUACCAAAGUGUAAUCGGCCAAGCCAAUGAGAAAAUCAAGGCGCUGGAGAAAGCCUUGGAAGAACAAAAAAUUCUUCAUGAGCAACAAUUGAACAUGAUGGGAAGGGAGAUUGACCAAGUGAAGAUUGACUUGGCGGCUAGAGACGAUCUCCUCGCCCAACAUGAGGAGAUGAUAGCCGCCAAAAAUCAAGAACUUGAAACUAAGGCGAAAACCAUUGCUGACUUGGAGCAACAAGUAGUUAAUGUCGCGGCGCUCGGGAAGGAUCUGACUCUGGCUGGAGCCAAACAACGAGAAGUGGGCUUUCGCCUUGCUCAGGAUCAGGUUCGCUUCUUAGCACCCGGCCUUAACUUAGGCCCCAUGGGAUUGUGGAAAAAAGUCAUCGCCGAUGGCCUUGAGGGCCCUGAUGAUCCGCCCUCACCUCGUGCUCAACCGCCUCCUCACCAAGUGACUCCAUAUGAAGAAUCUGAAAGCAGCGAGGAUGAAGAAGAAGAAAGUAAUGGCGACCAAAACCCUCAAGGCGAUGGCAACUAGGCAUAGAAGAGAAUGAAGAUGGCAAUUGUUCACAAGUUUAAAACUAGCUCUGCGUGAUCUAAAUCGUUUUGUAAUUUUGUUAAGUUUGAAUGACUUUUCCCGCCUCUUGAGGUGUACUUUGUAAUGACUUAAACUUCGCUUGUUUUUUUUUAAAUGUAUGUCAUGUUCUCCUUAUUUCGUUUAGCAUAUACUCGUGAUAAUUUGUUAUCCUUAUCAUAUCGCCAUGGGCAUUUCAAUGCGCUUUUAUGUCACACUUUCU